AUGCCCGUGUCCACAGCUCCUUCCACAGUGUCUUUGGACCAGGGUGCCACACGCUUCUUUGCUGCACUGCGUACUGUCGCAGUGCUGGAUGCUGGCAAUCUGCUCACUGUGGGCAGUGGCGACGUGUCUUUCCUACUUCACAACCCAAACUACCAGCUGUAUGUUCGGAAGUGCUAUCCGGACCUCUUCUAUGCCCUCUACGAGUCGACAAGCAAGAAGCAUGUCGUUACCGGGACGCCUGGGAUUGGAAAGAGCUACUUCUUUUACUACAUGCUGUUGCGGCUGCUGCACAGCCCAUCGCCACCGCCCUUCAUCCUUUGNGAGCACUACGGAUUUCCUGGUGUAAUGGAGAUGGAUAAGGAGGCUGCGGAGGUUCUGUACAUGCCUUUCUGGGAGCAUAAGGAGCUGCUUGACUGCCACAGGUCCCUCUUCGCACUGGCGGCCUCGGCCUUCCGGGGGGAGAUGGAUAAGGAGGCUGCGGAGGUUCUGUACAUGCCUUUCUGGGAGCAUAAGGAGCUGCUUGACUGCCACAGGUGCUGGGUGUGA